AUUUGUUUUUUAAUGGAGAAAUCUCCAAAUUCAUCUAGAGGUGUUAGCUAUGGUGGAGGACAAAGUUCAUUAGGUUAUUUAUUUGGUGAUGAUAAAAAACAGCAAAAAAUUGAUGAACCUCCACCUUCUCCAACUAUUCUUGCACCUCCUUAUGGAAUUGAUGAUGAUACAAAUUAUUCACAAAAUAAUUCUAAUACUACUUCAAUUACUUAUCAAAGAUCUCAAGGCCAAAAUUCAGGAAUUUUUAUUACUGGUCGCCCAUCAACAAAGGUGAACUCAGUUCCAGGAGGAGAUUCAUCAUUGGGCUAUUUGUUUGGAGAUAAGUCUUGAUAUUUCUUCAUGAUCUAUCUAAUUAACUUCUAAGCAUGGCUGAAGUUUAAUUAAUUAGGGUUUGAAUAAUGGAGAAAUUUCCAAUUUCUCUAUAGUUUCAAUAUUUAUGUUUUGCCUAUGGAAGGGAGCCUUGGAGCAACGAUAAAGUCAUCUUUGUGUGGCCUAUAGGUCACGAGUUCGAGCUCAUAUGAAGAUAGCAAAAAAUGCUUGCAUUAGGACAAACUUUCUACAUCACACAUGAUAGUACUUUGUGCGAUCGGGCUGUCCAUCCCUUAAAUUUGCAUAUAACUUGUAUCUUGGAAUUCCAAUGUUUGUACUUGUGUGUGCUAGUAUUAAUUAGUAGUUUAUUAAUCUAAAUUUGUGUGGUUGUGUGAGAAGUUAAUUUGUGUAUAUUAUAUGAUGAAGAUCAUCAUGCAAGUUUGUUUAGGGUUUGUAAGGUUUUCAGUAUAAUGUAUUUUAUAUAUAGGUUGUAAUGUAAUAAAGAGGUCUUUGCUUUCUUUAAUUGUUCUAAGUUUGUCAUGAUCCAAAUUUGAUUUGAAAAGAGCAUUGAACAAAUAUUUUCCAAA